AUGCAUUUCUCGCCUUCCCGCCUGGUCAUAGGCAUCGCCGUCUUCGUCGCUGUUAGCUUCUUCUACACUAUCAACUCGAUAUCCGCACGCGAUCCUACCUCCAUCUUCUUCAACCCACGCAAAGGCUAUGCCCCCCGCUAUUCCGCCGUCAGACGCCAACAAGCCGAGUCCUUCGUUGAGUCCUACAACCCCGCAAACGUAACCAAGGCCGGCCCCGAGAAGCAGCGGAAACUAUGUGUGGGCAUAUCUUCUUACCAGCGCGACGGUGCUCAGUAUCUGCCGGAUGCUGUGGGCUCGCUACUUGAAGGACUUACGCCUGAAGAGCGACAGGAGAUAUACCUCAUCGUCUUCAUACCCCACUCGAACCCCGGGGCACACCCUGCGUACAACGAGGAGUGGCUAUCUGGUCUUGCCGACGAGGUAUUGACCUACGGAUACGGCUACGACCGCAUGCAGUACAUUCGGAUAAUGGAGGCACGAAACAACUAUAUCGAGAAGGGUUUGUUCGACUACCAAUACCUGUUGAACAAAUGUACGGAACAAUAUACACCCUAUGUUGCUCUUUUCGAAGACGACACCGUAGCCAUGGACGGCUGGUACCACCGUACCCUCGGCGCCAUCCACGAAGCCGAGCAACAAGCCGCCUUACGGCGCGCGAAACCCGACUUCCUCUAUCUACGCCUCUUCUACACCGAAGAGUUUCUCGGCUGGAACGCCGAGGAGUGGAAGACGUACUUGAAGAACUCAGUCUACGUGGCCCUCGUGCCCACGGUCGUCAUCCUCUUCCUCCGCUUCGCACAACCCACCACCAAACUCACCCUCGCCCUCAUGACCCGCCGCACUUUCUUCGCCAUGUACACCACACUCGCCCUUCUCAUCCUCAUAUACUUCGGCCUCGGCCGCAUCACCGUCCAGCCCAUGGCCGUCGGCGUCCACGAGAUGCCGCGCUUCGCCUGCUGCAGUCAAGCCUUCGUCUUCCCCAACGUUAAAGCCGGCGAACUGGUCGAAUACUUCAAAGAACGCCAUCUAGGAUACAUGGACGUCAUAACAGAGGACUUUGCUAACGAACGCAACGAGCUGAGAUAUGCAGUCACACCCAGUCUGGUCCAACAUGUGGGCAGGAAGAGCUUUCACGGUGACGAUGUUGGUCCGAUGAGCAAGUGGAUGUUGAGUGUGGCAGAGAAGACAUGGAGUUUUGCGUUUGAGAAGUUUGAUUGGAGGGCGUUGAGGAGGGAGCAUGAAGAGGUUGCGAAGAUGAGGAGUGAUGCGAGAGAUCCGUUUGCUGGUGGGCUGGAGAUAUAG